UUAAGAUAAUAAGCGUUGCGUCACGAAAUCUCGAUAUGGCCGUUAGUCGUAGAUAGUCGACCCACCGUCGUCAAUGAUGGCGCACGCUGACCAAACUCUAGCCGAGGUCCUGCGCGACAUAGCUCGCGACCAACACUACGACGACCCGCAUAUUGACAUCGACCCUAUUAACAGCGGCGGCGCAAAUUACACCUCAAAACUGUAUCUAGCGACUAUAACCUCCCAAGGAAAGGAUAAAAUCGAUGUCUUCGCUAAAGUUGGAUCAAUCAACGAACAAAUCAGAGCCCAAAUGAACGCCGAUUGCCUGUUUCGCACCGAACAUAUUAUUUACACUAAACUCAUUAAAAUCUGGGACAGUUUACAAGAAAAAUAUCAAGUGCCUGACGAACACAGAUUCGUAUUUCCAAAAUAUUUUGGGGGCAAUCUGAAGAAAGGGAGAGAGACGGUGGUGUUGGAGAAUCUGAUCACUGCCGGUUAUAGAAGUUACGAUAGAUUUAAGUCUGUAGAUUGGGAUUAUGCAUCGAAAUCCGUCGAGUCUUUAGCUAAAUAUCACGCACUGUCAAUUAUUCUAGAGAAAGAAGACCCAGAGGAGUAUAGAAAAUUCAGUGACCAAUUUAAAUUUGAAAUGGUAGAUGAUGAUGAGACUCAAAGAGAAAUGUGGGCGAAGGUGGUGGAGGACGCUGUUGCGUUGAUAGACGAGGAGUUGAGGGAGAAAGUGGUAAAAUUUUUGCAGAGGGAUGUUCGACAAAUGUACAUAGACUUCAAAACCCCCAGGGGGCUACCAGUAUUAGUGCACGGAGAUUAUAGACCUAGCAACCUACUCUAUAGAAGACAGAACAACGAAUUGGAAGUGUUACCGAUAGAUUAUCAAACGGUCCACACCGGGUGUCCGGCGAGUGACCUCAUAUAUUUCGUGGUGACUGCUACUGACGAGGAAUUCAGAAGAGAGCACUACCAGCGGCUGGUGGAUCAUUACCAUCAGACGCUCGGGCACGCGCUACGCCUUUACAAACUGGACGUCGAACAGAUCUACCCUAGGACCAAGUUCGACGACGAUUUGAAAGAGUUGAUGUCCUCGGCACUGAUGCUGGGCAUGAUGGUCCUGCCUGUGGUGCUAGUGGAUGCAGAGUGUGCACCGCGCAUGGAGACUGCCACCGGCAUCGACAGCUUCCUCAUCAAGCCCACACAGUUCUUCGCCGAGCGGCUCGCCGGAAUCGUCAGGGAUCUGGUGCGGUGGGAUGUCAUAUAGACUUGGAAGCUGUUGAUUACCUCUGCCAGUAAUAGAGGAUACGCCCCUGAUUGAAAUUUUAAGGUCUUUCAAUUGAAUAAGAAACGUGGUCGUAAUAAUAAUAAUAAAGAGAGUGAAAGUUUUUUUUAAAUUAAAUAUGAGAUUUAUUUAAUGUUUACUUUAAAACUAAUGUGGGGUUGAAGUGGGUCGUCCUCUGUCUCUGUCGCACCGUACGACAGAGUCAGAAGAUGACCCACUCCACCUAUUGUGGUUUAUUAUCUUAUGACGUUAUAACGAUAUGUUUCCAUCCAUUUACAAUCGAUAUUUAAAUUAUUACUUUCUCAGUAAACUAAUAAAAUAUUUUAUUUAAUCAUGCACUUUUUGUUUUCUUUUGAACUAUUUGUAUAUGAGAAAAAAUAAGUUUAGUAUUUAAAUCCCUAGUUAUUUUUUUUUGUGUUGUCUAGGUUCAAGCUCAUGGUGAGUGUAAUGGUAGAGUUAGCGAGCGUCAUUAAAUUCGAAUAACAAUCAAAAGAUAAAAAUGUUUUCUUA